AUGUUGAUUGUGUCACUUCCUGUUCUUGCGGGCGGAAUCACUAUAUUGUUGAUGGAUCGUAAUCUGGGUACCUCUUUCUUUGAGACUUCUGGAGGUGGUGACCCUGUUCUUUUUCAGCAUAUCUUCUGGUUCUUUGGACAUCCUGAGGUGUAUAUUCUUGUCUUACCUGCUUUCGGAGCAGUUUCUGAGAGUGUUACUUAUUUGAGUGGUAAGUCUAAAGUCUUUGGUCCCUUAGGGAUGAUUUAUGCAAUGGUGAGUAUUGGUAUCCUAGGAAGAUUUGUAUGGGUGCAUCAUAUGUUUACUGUUGGUUUAGAUGUGGAUACUCGUGCUUAUUUUGCGGCUGCAAGUUUUGUGUUUAUUUUUACUCUCGGUGGUUUAACAGGGAUUAGUUUGGCUAAUGCAUCCCUAGAUGUUCAUUUGCAUGAUACUUAUUAUGUUGUAGGCCACUUUCAUUUUGUCUUA